CAGUCUAGGGGCUCUUUCUCCAAUCUCCACCAACUACCCCGGCGAGGACGAGGAGAGGAGCUCCCAUGGCGGAGGCGGCACGGAAGCAGCGGAGCACCGCUGCGCCCCGCCCCGUCCGCUGCAUCGUGAAGCUAGGCGGAGCGGCCAUCACGAACAAGGGGGAGUUGGAGAGCAUCGACGAGGAGAGCCUGCGGUCGGCGUGCGCGCAACUGCGGCACGCCAUGUCCGGCGGCACCUCCUCGGAGAAGGUUAUGGGGAUGGACUGGAGCAGGAGGCCCGGCGAUCCGGCGGACCCGGGCGUGGACGCGGAGGGGUUCGCGGGCAUGGCGGGGCUGGGCCUCGACAGCAACUUCGUAGUCGUCCACGACGCCGAUAUACAUAGCUCGGAACCUCUGUUGCUUCUGGGCACUGGUUCCCUGUCUCAGGCUUGCUGAUGUGCUGAACUGGGUGAUUUGGGGUGUAGAAUCCACAUGAACUGAUGAACAUGGUUUGGGAUGUUAUGUGCUGUCAGAAUCGAUGCUAACUACCAAGUACCCGUGAAAUGCCUCUCAGUAAACAAGUUCAGAUUAUAAAAUGCAAACAACCUGCUUCGAAGAUA